AUGCCUACUAAGUUAGCCAUCCCGGACCUAGCAAUAGCUCUUGACUUCAUGGGAGAAGACUAUCAAGAAGCUCGUGUGGAAUUAUCCAACAAAAUUAUCAAUGACACUUUAGCUGCUAUGAGUCUAGUCAAUCUUUGGGUUAUAUCUAACAACAAAGACAAACUAGCAUGGGCCCAGCAGGUAGAGGAAGAAAACCUGGUAGCAGAAAAAAAAAGCCAGCGUUUAUCAGAGGACAUUGCUACACAGCAAAAAUGUCUAGCUGACAAACAAGACUCUGCCUGGCAGGAAGAACGGAAAAGGAACAAGUUGAAAUAUGCUCCGGUCAAAGACAUUGAUGUCCCCUCAGACCCCAUCAUCAUUCCAUCACAAUAUGCUACUCAGAAAAUAGAAAAUGAAAGCUGGUGA